AGCGUCUGUGCUAAGCGACAUGAUGCUAUUUGUGGAGCGGACAGAGGACUCAAAGCUUCACCACAGUCCAGAAACUCUUCAAGGAGCCUGAAUGAAACAUAAACAUAAAGUCCUCCAUUGUUCUGUCUCUGUAGUCGACAAAGCCCUCCUCAUCUCCUGUCUCCGAUGGAAGCAGAGGGAUGCAGCCAGCAGUGGAAGAUGCAUCUCCCAGAGUUCAAACACAGCAGGCCAUCCUCGAGUCUGACCACACAUGACCAGAGAGGAGUGUCUAACAAAAGUGUAACUAUGGCCCCGACCUCCAGGUAUCUGACGGACAGACAGUAUCUGACGAGGAAGCCUCUGUUUACUUCAGAGCAACACACGUCCAUCUUAAAGAAGAGUCCUCCACAGCGGCUCAGAGAGGAGACACAGUUUGGUGUGAGCAAAGAGGAAGACAAGAAACACAGCACCUCUGACUUCUUGAGCAGAGACAGAGGGGACGUGUCUCCAGAGAGCUUCAGACUGUCUCACGCCGACACCUCACCUCGCUCAGACUCUAGAGAAGACCUGGACUCACCCAUGGGGGUCUCAGAGCUCAGGUCCAGGCUGUUCCAUGAGGAACCCAGCUUUCGUUCGUCUCUCUCUGGCAGCAGAUCAACUCAGCGCACCUUCACCAGCUCCAUCCUGGAGGUCCAAAGACUGAACCCACCUCUGAGACCACGUCUGACCUCCACAGUUCUGCAUCCUACCUACACCCCUCUCUCAGGGAAAUCCAGAGGAGACCAGACUCAGCUCAGGAUGGGGCGGGGGGAAAGUAGAGUUUGUGGAGAGACCAAACCGUGCUCUUCUGGAGGACAUUUAAAAGGACGGACUGUGUCCCCCCAUCAGGCCAACUACUGGGCCUGUGCCAUCCCCAAGUCUUUGCCACCCUCUCCAGAUAGACACUCAGCAGGCUGGGAUCCAAACAGGGAGUACCAGGCCCUGCUGGACUACACAUACCCUCUGAGACCAGGACAGGUGGUCGGUGAAUGGGGUACCUCCGAGUGUCAGGGAGACUCUCUCCUCCAAACAGACCCAAACCUGCAGGACUCAGGGAUCGAUCUGGACCACCUUUGUAGCUCCUCCAGCCUGAGAGGAUCAGGUACUCUUGGUGAGGAUCAAAGGUCACCUGACCUGCAGGGGUCCACCAGAUCCUUAGAUGGCCUGCCUUCAGGUACCCGCCUCUCCCUCACAGACCCUGUGGGUUUGGCCUUGGGUAGUCCAGACUGUGGUCAGAACCCAGGAGGAAAUAAUCUGUACAAGAAGAAAGGACAGCAUCAUCAGCACCACGCCCUCUCCUCCUCCUCCUCCUCCUUCUUCUCCUCCGAUGCUUUCAGACGCUCCACCAGCGUUCUCCCUCGGUCCAGGUGUGUCUGUGGGGAUCUGGACGAGGAGUUCUGGCCUCUCCCGGAGCAGCUGGAGGAACUGCAGCAGCUGUCCCAACAGGUGAGGGAUGUGACAGCCCAGCUGAGCCGGCCUGUCACAUCCAGCUGGGAGUCUCUGGGGCCGGGCACCACCUCCGUCCUGUCCUCCAUCGCCCUGCCUGAGAGGCAGGAGGCCGAAGACAAGGAGCUGGAGGGCAACAACCAGGAUGUGGAUGAAGGACAGGAUGAGAUGGGCAGAGGGGAGAGGAGUGCUGCUCAGACAGCAGCCAAUCACAGCGUCCCUGAAGCAGUGAGGAGGAGGGCUGGAGCCUAUAUAGAGCCUGCUGGAGGGGGGCUGAGUCGGUCCAGUCUCAGGGAGGUGGAGGCUUUGGUGGAGCAGCUUUCUGGACUCACCGUGUCUGGCAGCCAGGAGGACCAGAGGCAGAGGGACUCCCUAAUGCAGCACAUCAAGGUCUUCUGCUCACACCUGGAGCAGCUCAUCCAGCAGCUGUAUGCCAUGUCAGAGAGGAUGGAGCUGCUUGCAGCGCCCUCUAUGGACAUCGACAGUGUGAAGUCGUCUCUGGCUGAGUACCAGAGUGUCCAGAGAGAAGUGAGCAGCCAUCAGCCCCUGGUAUCCUGUGUUCUGCAAACUGGACACCGUCUCCUCAGCUGCAUGAACGCCACAUCUCCACUCCUGAGAGACGCCCUGCUGAUGAUCGAGAGGCAGUCUGGAGCUCUGGAGAACCACACUGAACACUUCUUCGCCUCCAUCCUGUCAGCCAUGGACAGCCUGACCCAGCCCAGUCCAGUCCAUCAGAGCAGAGAGGAGGACCAGUGUUCUGGGGGGGUCCAGGGAUCCACUGAGUAAACAGACUGUUUGUGUACAAACAUAAUUUACUUAUUUAUUUCUUUGCUUCUUAAACUUUUACAAUGAAGUGUUUUAAUGCCACGCUAUCAUAUGUUUCACACAGAAACACAUCAGCAGCACACAUUUGUCACAAAAUGUUUUUUACUUUAAUGGAAAGAAUUCAGCUCAGGCUCGAAACUGAUCUCUGAAGCUUUGGAGACCUCAAAGUCCUCCUACAGCUUGACUCUAUAUAAACAUGGAUGAUGCGCCUCCAUCUCCCCCAUUGUAAGAAGUGAAGCCAAAAUACCAUCUCAUUCGUGAACAGAUUUCCCGCGCCUUCAGUUAACUCAAACCCACAUCUGACUUACUGAUAAAACCUCACUCAUCCCUCAGAGGGUCCAGAUCCUCAUGUGGGUCCAGUCCACAGCGUCACAGAUUCCUAUGUGGGUUUGAAGCAGACUCUCCCAGUUAUGUAAAGUUCAAUGACUCUUGUGUUAGUGUUUGUUACGUUUCCUCUCACCGUUCCUUCUCUACUCUGGUAAUCCGGUGCACACAGCGCUGCAGGAGCCUCAUUGGUCAACAGAGCUGUCAAUCAUGACAUCACGCCCCCUCUUUUUAACAUCAGACAACUCAAAGAUGCUGAACUCUAGCAGCAUCUAAACCAGCAUGAUAAGAGCUAACUGGCUUUAAGGCCUAUUCUGCAGACAGUCAGCAGGAGGAGCUUUCAAAGUUUUGGCUUCACUUUCGGGGAGCUGUUGUAUGGUCCAUAUUUUUAUAGUGCAUGGUCUGAUUGAGAACAUGAAUGCCUUAAUGCACAGCUUGUCUUACUCAUACUCACUUUAAGCAUUGCAUUUUAAAACCUUACUCUGUUCUGAUCACCAUCGUGUCACUUCUGUUGCCUGUGUUUGGCCUCAUUUAGACGAGAGCACAGAAAAGUCUGACCUUUGCCUGUAAACAAAAAUCUGCAGUCAUAUGAAAUAAUUGAGAAAGCGAUCCACGUGCACACGACUGAAAAUGCAGGAUGUGCAUGCCGGACCAGUAGUUGGCGGUAUAACUUUGUAAUGAAAGACCAGUGAAGACCAACACGUGCCAGCUCAUAGAGGCUAUUCUUCAACAGAGUGGUGUGCACAAAGUAUUUAUCUGGUGAGUAAGAAGCAUGUGCUAAUGGGGCUGUGAAUUCACCGUUUUCACAGGACUCACAUAUUGCCAGUUUACGGUGGCGUUUUCCAAAGAUUCCACACUGGAACCUGGUUUCAAAGUUUAUGUUUUCUGCCACUAAAAAUGUUGUUUCUCCAUUUUAGACUCUUAGAAUCACAAACUGAAGCCUUGAAAUGUUUUUAAUGUUUCCUCUCUUGAAUUAGCGUCUUGCUCUGUUUACAGUCACAUGUAGUGUCUUAGAGUUUCUUUCUAUCACAAUAUGUAAGAGGUGUGUGCCAACUGAAACCUUGAAUGAGAUCAUAAUCCACAGAGCAGCAGCAUGAACCUUAAUCUGCUGGAUGGAUCAUUUUACAUUUUUUAUUUAUUUUUAUUUUUAUUGAACCUUUAUUUUACCAGAAAUAGUCCCAUUGAGAUACAAAGUCUCUUUACAAGGGAGUCCUAGUCAAGACAUCAGCAUAAAAGUUUCACAUUGAGAACAAGACAAUAAGCACAAGCUGAUCAGAUGAUCCUUUAUCCUUGUUUUAAAAUCCUCUAAUCGAAUUAAACAAUCCAGUUUUAGGUGACUUCGUAGCUCAGACAAGGAUGAGGGAGCAAAAACAUCAAAAGCACUUUCACCAAAAACAGAGCGAGUCCAAGGAAUGACAAACAGAAGAUUACAGCCACUGACGACUUUAGGAGUCAAUAAAGAGCAUAAAUAAGACGGCAGAUCCUGUAGUACGGCCUUAUAGAGAAAGUGACACCUAUGCUCCAUUCUUCUGUUGUGUAAGGAAGACAAGCCUACCUUUUCAUACAAGAUGCAAUGAUGUGUGCAGAAUCCUAAACCAGAAACAAACCACAAUGCAUCAUGGUACACUGAGUCCAACAUUUUCAGAGAGGCUGAGGAAGCAUGCAGCUGAAGCUGUGUAUGGACUCAGAGCUCAUCAGAAAGAGUAACGUAUCAAAGGUCCGGUCUACACCUGGUGUUAAAAUGGGUCCUGUCAGAGAUAAGGUGCAAACAUACCCAGAAAGGAAACUGAGGAAACACUGAGACUCGAUCGUAGAGGUCGUAUGGGAUGCAUUCUUUGACACUGUUUGGAAGUAUAUGUCUAAAUAUGUUCUGAGAUACAUAGAGGACAGACAACUCUCUCUGUCAGGGCCGUUUUUAAAGUUUAAUGUCAUCCGAUUAAAUUAUUCUCUCCUAUUUUUGUAGAAAUAUCUGACUAAUUUUGUUUUAAAGUCAUUUCCAGCAUAUCCAGACGCAUCAUUGGAGGUGUGCACAAAACUCUGGACAACUGCACCUCCUCAGUAAGGGACAGUGCGUUUGAUCUCAUAAGGGGACAAUGGAAGAGGGUGAGACAGCACACAGAAACAUGCAAGAGAUCUGGCACACUGAGAGUUUAUCAUAGUUUAUAAUAACUCAUCAAGGUGAGGUCACAGUGUAGAUGUUUUUAAUUGAGCUGCCCUUAUGUGAUUGGAUAACCCACGACUCGUGUUAACACCAGCUGAAUCAGUGUUUGUGUGCGUGAAGAGCUCACUUAGUUUAAAGCAUUUCACGUUUAUGAUUGGCAGCUGAAAGGAUUGUUAUGAUCCUGCACCAACACUGAACCCUGGUGUACUGCAACUACUUGCACAAUGAUCUGUUACUGUCUUCACCUUUUAACCUUUUUUGUAUCAGCCAGCUUAAGGAGGUGAUCACACCUCAGAGGAGAGAUGAUCCACCUUCACACACAGCCUUAACAUAUUUAGUCCAAUGUCUGUUACAUCAUUAUAAUGUGUGUUUAUAUGUCACAGGGUCAAUUCACACACAUUACUAAGCCUUUCUCUCUCAGUAGAAACCAUCAGGUGUCACAUGUUCAGGUUCAGAUUCACCUGCCUCUGAGAUUUCUGCCUUUUUGUCACUUGUGUGAACGUAUUUAAGAAAUCUAACUUUUCACUGAAUAAACCACGUUGUUUAAAAACUUGA